AUGCGUCAGAGGUACCGGGUGGCAGUGCGAAACGCUCGAUUCUUGCACCUACUUGUCCUGUUUGGGGUGUUUGUUGUGUCGUUAGCGAUUUUAUAUGCGUCUUCUUUGACGCAGUUAGACGCUGGGAAGCAGGAUACACGUUCUGCUGUAGCAGAAGCAGCGCGUGCCCAGCAGCGACUUGUUCGACUGUACCGCAAAGCACUUUCGUUGGACGAUCCCACGCACUGUACGUUCAUCAUAGGUGUGGGCCUGCAGCCGAGAGGACAAGACUUGCGCGGUCUUUUCCAGCAUUUUGGUGCCGGCCGCUGGUUUCGGAAACCUCGCGUGUACUAUUAUGGCGGGCUCAGCGCGGAUGCGCUUCGACUUGCCCACGGAGCGCGUCGUCGUGCUUCCCGGAGCGAUAUCCUAUUUUCUCGUCCGGAGCGUGAUGGCGCUAUCGACGGCGUGAUAGGCUGUGCUGUAUCGCACCUGCUUGCUGUACGCAGCGCUCUGCAGCGCGGCUGCAAAACAGCGUUGUUUUUGGAAGAUGACACAUCUCUGGGCCUUGUGCGCUACUGGGACAAGCCCGUGGCGGCCGCUAUUCACGAUUAUGCCUCUGAUGAGUAUCCGGUGCUACAAAUGGAGCUCAAACUCCGUUCCUUUCUGGAACGGGGCGAUUCGGGAGCGCUCGGUCUCGAGCACCUUCCCGUUCGAUGCGGUUGGCGCCACACUGUGCCGCACCGCUUCAAAGUAACGUAUGGAACGGGUGCCUACGGCAUGUUGCGUACUGGCAUGGAGCGGACGCUACAGCGUUUCACUGCCAAUGAGGCGUUCGCAGGACGUGCUCGUGCCUCCCAUCUGGGACCGGUUGAUGUGUCCAAGGUCAUUGCGGCAGGCGGUCACGCCGACGUUUACGUGAUUUUGAACGCGACAACGACGAAAGUGCUCUGGCCUCCGUACUUUCACGAAGCGUUCGACUCAAAAAGUAUCGUUCGACCCCGAGAGGGACGCGGAAACUCCCACCAGCCCCAGCACAUCGCCUCUGCUAGAUACGCAAUCAAGGCGAAUAUGCGCUGGGCGGAGGCUUGUCGAGAGUACGUCCUCGAAAAUGAAUAG